UCACAAGACAGAGAAAAAGAGGAAAAGAGAGAGAGAAACUAUUGUAUUGUUCUUCUCUCACUGCACUGACUUCUCAACCAUUCACCGGAGAGUCGCGCGUGUUUCCCCCUUAACUCUCAAGAAAAGCUUUCUCUUCCCCCACUUUGACACCUUAUUCUCAUCGUUCUUCUCUCUUAUAAAUCAGGCUGCGUCCCUGCGCCACUUGCGGGGAUGUCUCAACACACAGAUAUUGCGCGUUCGGCCAUCAUGACCUGCGCCUCAAUCCCCGAACACCAACGCGAGGGGAAAUCUAGUGGCAGUCCGUCGCAGUCGGGAGCCGGGAAAGAGGCGAAUCUUAUGCCGCCGGCGAAGUCGCUGGUCGGACGAGCGCUAGGGAAUGAAGUGCAUUCUUCCGAUGCUCACAAGGGAUCCCAAGCCUCCAAGGAUGGUGUCGGGUUCGCCCUAACAGACACUCCGAUUUCUACCGCACCCUCGUCUCCACAAUUUCCUGCCAACUCAUCAACCCCAACCCUCCCCGGUCGCGUGCGUGCAACCACACUCGACAUUCCCGGUCUCACCAAGUCGAAGGUCUCUCCCGACGGACGAAUCGCCCAGCGCGAUGUUGGAUCUAAGCUGGUCAUUAUUAUGGUCGGCCUCCCCGCCCGGGGCAAGAGUUAUGUCACCAAGAAAUUGGCGCGGUACCUGAAUUGGCUCCAGCAUGACACUGAGAUUUUCAAUGUCGGAAAUCGUCGUCGUGUAGCCGCCGGGAAAUCGCCAUCUGUUGCAGGACGUCGUCCCAGCCAUCGAGCCAGCGUCAUCCACAGUGAGCUUGUCGACUCUGUACGACGUCUUAGUGUUAGCGUUGGUACCUCGAACCAGCCAUCUCAUAAGGAUAUUCCCCGCCCUGAUGGCGCGUCCUCGGCCGCACCCCAAGACAAUGCAGUGUCGUCGCCUCCCGAACUCGAGAACAAGCUUCCACCGCCCGCGUGUCCGACCAAGAUCCUUGUCAAUGGCAAGGAGGAAGACCCCUCACAAAGCACGAUCGUGCCUCCGGCCAAUGCAGGUCUUGAGGAUCAGGAGGCCAUGCGCGAAGCGUCUCCGGAGCCCAUCGACCAGUCCGCCAAUUUCUUUGACCCUAAGAACCAACUCGCCGUGAAACUCAGAGAACAGGUGGCCUUAGACACACUCGACGAGCUGUUGGAGUACAUUCUUGAGCAGGGUGGUAGUGUUGGUAUUCUGGAUGCAACGAACAGUACCAUGGAGCGCCGGAAGACGAUCGUCGAUCAUAUUCGCAAGCGUGCCGGCACGGAACUGAACAUUCUUUUCCUCGAGAGCAGCUGUGUUGAUCAAGAGCUUCUGGAGGCCAAUAUGCGCCUGAAACUUUCUGGACCUGAUUACAAGGAUCAGGAUCCUGUCAAGGCGUUGGCAGAUUUCAAACAGCGUGUCGCUCUGUAUGAGAAGUCUUACGUUCCUCUAGGCGAGUACGAAGAGAAGAACAACAUGGCCUUCAUCCAGAUGAUUGAUGUCGGACGCAAAGUUGUGGCCCACCAAACGCAUGGCUUCCUCUCCUCACAGGUUGUCUACUACCUUCUCAACUUCAACCUUUCCCCUCGUCAGAUUUGGAUCACCAGACACGGCGAGAGUAAGGAUAACCAGCUGGGUCGCAUUGGCGGUGAUUCGGAGCUUAGCGAGAACGGCCACCGAUAUGCCAAGGCAUUGGCUCGAUUCAUCGACCAUCAGCGGCAACAGUGGGAGCUUAUCCAGAGACAAAAGGAAAUGCUCCGACACCUGCCGCCCCGCGCUGGCGACAGCACUCCCCCCAACCCGUCCUACAUCCCUGGUGACCGCCUUCGUAACUACUGCGUCUGGUCCUCGAUGAUGCAACGCUCGAUUCAGACUGUCGACUACUUCAACGAAGACGACUACGACGUGAAGCAGAUGAAAAUGCUGGACGAGCUCUACGCCGGAGAGAUGGAAGGCAUGACCUACGACGAGAUUCGCGAGAAGUUUCCCGAGGAAUACUCGGCUCGUCGCAAGAACAAGCUCUUCUACCGAUACCCCGGACCUGGUGGUGAAGGUUAUAUGGACGUGAUCAACCGUCUCCGUGCUGUUAUCAUUGAGAUGGAGCGGACGACUGACCAUAUCCUGCUGGUCACCCACCGAUCCGUGGCGCGUGUCCUUCUGGCCUAUUUCCGUGGGCUGAAACGUGACGAAGUCGCUUCCUUGGAUGUUCCUCUGGGCAUGCUCUAUAUGUUGGAGCCCAAACCAUACGGAGUGGAAUUUAAGGCCUACCGUUACAACCCGACGACAGACUGGUUCGAUUACAUCCCCGACUUCAAACUGCAGCAGUCUAGCGUCUACUAGAAUUGACCCGCAUCUGACUAUGUCCUUUUAUUCUUCAAUAUCUCCCCUCUGCCCGUCAGAUCCCAGAUAUUCGCCGUGAUGACCCACUAACGCCUGCUACACUUUCGACGAUCUAGAACGAUUGUCAUGAUAAUGAUACUCUCUGGGCUCGGUUUCUGUCUUCUCUUCUGUGCCCCGGUGUUGCGGUGUUUAUCUUCUCGUGGUCGCUGGGCUGACGCACCAUACAUCUCACUUCUCUCAAUCGUGUAUUCUGCUGGGAAUGGUUUCUGGGGUUGGUUUGCGCCCGCUUUGCUCUGGAAAGGAUCCGUCGACCUUUGCUCCUUGUACUUCUGUAGUUGUUUGCUUGCAUUGUUCUGGCGUUUGAGCGGACCUUUAUUUCUUGCUACGUUAGUCGCCACAGGUGGUGCCUUAGAGGGUGUGACCAGGUCACGAGAUAGCUAUUUGUGAGACUACUUUGCUUCUUAUGAAUCAUAAAUGGGAUAGCCUUGCUUAUCU